AGACGUUCGUGAAAAGUCGAUCUCUUUGAGACAGUUUCAGUUCGCGGUAACUGUACAUGUUUUCAUUAUAAUGUUUUUUUACAAUCCAACUUGAAAAAAAAAACACUGUGAUAAAAUAUUUUAUCAGUUACUCUAUUAUUUAUUAUACAACAACGGGAAUAUUUUAUCACUCAAUGGAAAAACAAAAAUGGUUAUUCCUAACGUUACUAUUAACAUAUGCGUUAGCCGAGCAUGGAAAAAAGUCAUCUAAUAGUAAACAGAUCGAUAAUGCAGAAGAGUCUACAGAAUCAAAACCACCAGAAAAACGUGGUUUAAAUAAUGUUCUUGGGUAUGGCCGAGRAACUAAUUCACAUUCCUCGCCGGAAAGUUCUGACUAUUCGGGGCAUCCAUUUGGUAAUAAUAAUGGUCGAGAUGGAAACGGAGGAGAUAAUGAGCAGCUAUCGGUUAACAAUGAAAACCAUAAUAGUGGUGAUAACGGUUUUAGUCACUUCUAUUUUGAAAGGGGUGUCCCAGAUAAUGGAAGAAAUGAGCAGGGGUCCAAUACAGGAUCAAAUGAUCAUCAUAGUUCAGUAGGAGGAAGAAAUUCCAACAACCAUGGUUGGAUGGCCAGUUUCUUUAAYAACGAAGGGAAACCUGACAUUUCCGGUAGAGGGCAUUUUUUCACUCCAGGUAAUGGCGGCGGUGGUGAACAUCCUGGCUUUGGUGGUUCACAUCAAGCAUUUCAAGGGUACGCAAGUGGUGGAGAAAAUAUCGAUGCACACGAAUCAACCAACAACGAUGACUAUAGGAGCCACAUCGGUGGUUUCAGUGGAGGUGGUUUUGGUGGCGGUGGAUACGGAGGUGGAGGCGGUCAUGGUGGAGGAGGAGGUGGACAUGGAUUUGGUGGAUUUGGAGGAGGCGGUCAUGGCUAUGGACAUGGAGGACAUGUCAGGACAGUGUAUGUGACAAAAGAGGUACCAGUUCCGUACCCAGUUCACGUGGAGAAAAAAGUUCUCUACCCCGUCCGUAUACCGUACGAAAAACCAGUUCCGUAUCMGGUCCACAGACCAUAUCCUGUACACAUUGAAAAACAAGUGCCCUACCCGGUCAGAGUGCACGUACCGCAACCAUACCCUGUAACGGUGGAGAAACACGUACCGUUUCCAGUAAAAGUACACGUGGAGAAGCCUGUGGCGGUGCACAUMCCGAAACCUUAUCCGGUAUACAUCGAGAAAAAAGUACCAAUAGCUGUAGACCACCCAGUUCCGUAUCCCGUUAAAAUACCUAUAGACCGUCCAGURCCCAUACACAUACCAGUAGAUAAACCGAUACCAUAUCCAGUGGAAAAGAAAAUACCGUAUCCAGUAAAAAUACCGGUAGACAGGCCGUAUCCGGUGCAUGUACCCAAACCAUAUCCCGUGCACGUUGACAGGCCAGUACCGUAUCCGGUCAAAGUUCCUGUUAAAGUGCCCGUCAAAGUKCCCGUUCCAUACCCAGUGGAAGUCAAAGUACCCGUUCACAUACCGGUGCACACGCAAUCGCAGCAUGGUUACGGCAACGAGCAGACAAAGUACAACCACCAUCAACAACAACAACAACAACAACAACAAUCACACCACGACUCAUUUAGGCAAGGUGGGCUGUUACAUCAAGAGAGCUCGUCGGAUACUACAGGAUAUGGUACUGCAUCCGUAAACAAUUAUGAUAACGGUUUUACUUCGUUUGGCAAUGGCCAAGACCAAGGGACGCCAGACGCCUACGGUGGUAAUGAAGACUAUGGAUCUUCACACGGAUAAUUAGUGCGCAAUUUACCAAUUUAUAUACCAUAGUAAGUGACAUUUGCUGCCAUUUUUUCGAGCUCAUUGCGCUUAACGCAAUCAAGCAUAUUUUAGACUUGUAUUAUAACACUGUAAUAAUAAUAGUAAGUACCUAUACCAUGCAUACCAAUAAAAAU